AUGGGUGCUGGAGUCCUUCCUGACGGCCUCCUCCUCCUCCCCCUCCUCCUCCUCGCAGCCCAUUUCUUGCACCAGCAGAAAUGCGACUGCCACUUCUUCAACGGGACGCAGCGGGUGCGCUACCUGUUCAGGUACAUCUUUGACCGGCAGGAGUAUCUCCGGUUCGACAGCGACGUCGGGACGUUCGUGGCCGUCACCCCGCUGGGGCAGUACUCGGUCGACUAUUGGAACACCCGCCAGGACCUCCUGCAGCCCCGGAGGGCCUCCGUGGAUCGCUUCUGCAGAUACAACUAUGAGGUGGCCAAGGCGGGGCUUGUGGUUGGCCGGAGAGCCAAGCCCACCGUCACCAUCUCCCCCACCAAGACGGACCCCGGUUCCCCCAACACCAUCCUCCUCUGCACCGCGACCGGCUUUUACCCCCUGGAGAUCGACGUCCAGUGGCUGAAGAACGGGCGGCCGGAGCAGGAGGGCGUCGCCUUCGGGGAGGAGCUCCAGAACGGGGACUGGACCUACCAGCUCCAGGUGCUGCUGGAGACCCAGCCCCAGCGUGGGGACGUCUACGCUUGCAAGAUGGGGCACGCCAGCCUGGAGGCCCCUGUCACUGUCCAGUGGGAGCCACGUUCCUCCAACGCUGCCAAGAGCAAGCGCUGGACGGGGGCCGUGGGGGCCGUGCUGGGGGUGGUCUUCCUGGCUGUGGGGCUCUCCCUCUACCUGAAGAACAAGAAAGGUGAGUCC